AUGGUAACUGAGCUUCAGCAGGCAAAUCAACGCAUGGCAGAGGCAAAUCAACGUAUGGCGGAGGAGAAUCAAAGAAUGCAGCAACAAAUUCGGCAAAUAGCCAACGCCCGACUUGAGCACAACGACAACCGUCAUGGAGGAAACGCCAAUGACGAACAUCAAUCUCAACCGACGCACGUUUCGGAGACCCCCCAGGAUGAUGAUGGAAGGAAUCCUCAAAACAAUGAAGCCUCGCCGGAAGACGAGGAAGAAGAGCCUGACAACUCGGCAGGACCUUUCACAGCUGAUAUAAUGAAUUUUCAACUGCCUCGGCAAUUUACAUUGCCCACGACUUUAACUCCGUAUGACGGCUUAGGAGACCCAAAGCAGCAUAUAAAAAAAUUCCGAUCUAUCAUGAUCGUUAACAGUGCAUCCGACCCUAUUUUAUGUCGUUGUUUUCCCUCCUUUUUAGAUGGUCCUGCACUUGACUGGUUUUGCUCUUUGCCUGCAAAUUCAAUUUCACGUUUCCAGGAGCUAGCAAAGCAAUUUGAAGAUCAUUUUGCGGCAUCAGCAAUAUAUUUGCAUGAUUCCGACUACCUAAUGACUGUAAAACAAGGUCCUCAGGAAAGCCUGAAGGACUACAUUACCCGUUUUACAAAGAUAGCCAUGCGCAUUCCCGACCUUCAUCCCGAAGUACAUCUUCAUGCCAUCAAAAGUGGCCUUCGACCAGGAAAAUUUCAAGAAGCCAUCGCAGUAGCCAAGCCGAAGACUUUAGCCGAGUUUCGAGAAAAGGCAAAAGGACAAAUAAACAUCGAAGAGCUUCGCCAAGCUCGCAAAGUGGAAAGGUCGGCAGCUAUUAAAGAAGACGAUAAGCCUCGGGACAAUAAGAAGACUUUCAGACCGACUCCUCGCUAUGAGACGUACACUCAGUUUAACGCGAAGAGAGAUGAUAUUAUUAAAGAAAUUUUGAAUUCCAAGUUGAUUAAACCUCCUCGUAAAGCUGGCAGUUAUCCCAAGCCGAAGAAUAUAGACAAAUCCAAGUAUUGCACAUUCCAUCAGAAGUAUGGUCACACAACCGACGAAUGUGUGAUCGCUAAAGACCUUCUGGAGCGUUUAGCAAGACAAGGACAUCUUGAUAAAUUUAUCUCAGGUCAUAUGCAGAAAAGAUCCGUUCCCACUUCAGAUCCACCCCCUGCAGGACCAUCAUCAUCAUCAUCAAAAGACAAAGAAAAGGCCCCUGCUCAACCUAGGGGUAUAAUCAAUUGCAUCUCCGGCGGUUAUGCCGGAGGUGGACAAACAAGUUUGGCAAGAAAGCGGACAUACAGGGCCAUGUUGGCACUGGGAGAUACCACCAACAAUCCUCAGCCAGUGCAGGAGAUUCCGGAGAUGACAUUCUGCCCGACCGACUUUAAUUGCAAAGAUACUAAUCUGGAUGACCCUGUUGUCAUCUCUCUACAGCUGGGCGACUUAAUAGUUCGGAAAGUGCUGCUAGACCCAGGCAGCAGUGCUGAUGUGUUAUUUUUUACUACAUUUGAAAAAAUGAAAUUAAGUACUAAUAUUUUGCAACCAUCUGUAGGUGAUUUGGUCGGUUUUUCCGGGGAACGCGUUCCAGUGAUAGGUUCAGUGUGGUUACAAACCACACUCGGUGAGCAGCCUCUAUCUAAAACACAUGACAUCCAGUAUCUUGUUGUUGACUGUUUCAGUCCCUAUAACCUUAUCUUAGGAAGACCUUUUUUAAAUAAAUUUACUGCAAUUGUAUCCACUGUUCAUCUCUGUGUCAAGUUUCCUGUGCAGGAGAAUAUCGUGGCCACCGUCCAUGGUGACUUGCAAGAAGCUCGGUAUUGUUAUAAUACAAGCCUAAAACCUAUCAAGAGGAGUUGCGAGCGACGUAUAAACUCCAUCAAUGCCGAACAACCAAUACUAGCCGAGCUUGACCCUAGAGCCGACUUUCAAGAUCGCCCUCUGCCAAACGAAGAGCUAACAAAGCUUAUGUUAACUGAUGACCCAAUGAAAUUCACUUUUAUAGGAACCUCCGUAAAAGACAAAGAAAGGGAGAAGCUCAUCCGUUUUUUGCAGGAGAACGCCGAUCUAUUUGCUUGGACAUCUGGAGACAUGCCAGGCAUUGAUCCAUCUGUUAUUACUCAUAAACUGGCAAUAAGCCCGGCAGCCCGACCAAUAUCUCAAAAAAAGAGAAAUCUCGGAACUGAGAAAAGACUCGCGUCCAUGGCUGAAGCCAAGAAGCUCAUCGAUGCAAACUUCAUCCGAGAAAUCAGGUUUACAACUUGGCUGGCCAACGUCGUCAUGGUAAAGAAAAAUAAUGGUAAAUGGCGCAUGUGCGUCGACUUUACUGAUUUAAAUAAAGCAUGUCCUAAAGAUGCCUACCCUCUACCUUCUAUUGAUACUUUAGUAGAUAACUCUUGUGGUUAUGGCACCUUAAGUUUCAUGGACGCAUACUCUGGUUAUAACCAUAUCCUUAUGCACCCAUCAGACCAAGAAAAAACGGCCUUCAUUACUGAAUAUGGUAAUUAUUGCUAUAAUGUCAUGCCUUUUGGCUUAAAGAAUGCAGGUGCAACAUACCAGAGACUGAUGAACAAGGUUUUCGACCAACAGAUAGGCCGGAAUAUUGAGGUGUAUGUCGAUGAUAUGGUCGCCAAGACAAAGGUCGGCCACUCCCAUACUGAGGACCUUGCUGAAAUAUUUGGCCAAAUCCGAGCUUAUAACAUGAGGCUCAAUCCGGAAAAAUGUGCCUUUGGUGUUAAGGGAGGAAAAUUCCUCGGCUUCAUACUUACUAGCCGAGGAAUUGAAGCAAAUCCUGAAAAAUGUCAGGCAAUCCUUGAUAUGAAUAGUCCCACAAACAUUAAAGAGGUUCAGCGAUUAACAGGGCGGUUGGCAGCACUAUCCAGAUUUCUACCAUGCUUAGCGUCCAAGUCCUUCAGCUUUUUUCGAUGUUUACGGAAAAAUACAACUUUCCAAUGGGAUGAAAACUGUGAAAUGGCAUUUAAGAGUUUAAAGCAAUUUCUUUCUAAACCACCUGUUUUGCAAAAACCUAACAUCGGUGAACCAUUAUAUUUGUAUUUGUCGGUUACUGAUAUAGCAGUUAGCUCUGUUCUUGUUGCAGAAAAAGAGAGAACACAACAGCCAGUUUAUUUUGUAAGCAAAUCAUUGCAGAAUGUCGAGCUUCGCUAUCCAAGGUUAGAAAAGCUCGCCUACGCACUUGUUUUUUCUGCAAGACGGCUCCGCCCCUACUUUCAGAGCCAUACAAUUUAUGUCAAAACUUCUCAACCCUUACGCCGAAUACUCGCCAAGCCCGAGCUUGCGGGGAGAUUGAUAAAGUGGUCCAUUGAACUUUCCGAAUUUGAUAUUCAAUACCAACCUAGAGGAUCUGUCAAAUCACAAUAUCUAGCCGACUUUAUCGUCGAGUUCACAGGACCAAGUCCGAACAUAGAGGAUGCGAAUUGGGUGUUAUUUGUUGAUGGGGCCUCUAACCCCCAUGGAUCUGGAGCAGGGAUACUUUUGGAAAAUGCUGAAGGAGUUGUUAUUGAACACUCUCUACGAUUUUCAUUCAAAGCUAGCAAUAAUCAAGCCGAGUAUGAAGCUCUACUCGCUGGGCUCAGGUUAGCAAUAGAACUACAUGUUGUUAAUUUACAAGUUUAUUGUGAUUUUCUGUUAGUUGUUCAACAAGUAAAUCAAAGUUUUCAAACCAAAGAUCCAGUUUUAUCCAAAUAUGUAGUCAUUGUUAAAAACCUCAUGGAUCGUUUUUCAAAAAUUGAAAUUCAUCAUAUAGCAAGAGAUCAAAAUCAUAGGGCAGAUAUAUUAUCUAAGCUAGCUUCCACUCAGUCACACACUGCCUCACUACUACAAUCCACUCUUCAUGAGCUGAGCAUAAAUAUCAUUAGCAUUUUUCAUAUAGACAACGAAGCUAGUUGGCAAAAGCCGUACAUUCAGUACCUUAAAAGUGGAGAACUCCCACAACAGAUGGAAGAUGUAAAAAAGUUCAAACGAAAAGCAUCUUUCUUUACAUUGCUGAAUAACCAAUUGUAUAGGCGAGGUUACUCUCGACCAUUAUUGAAAUGCUUAGACAGAACAGAGGCCGACCUAGCCUUAGCCGAGGUUCAUGAAGGCAUUUGCGGAAUACAUUCAGGAGCCAGAAGUCUAGCACAAAAGAUUCUUCGUGCUGGUUUUUAUUGGCCGACCAUAUGGGAGGACAGUCGGCAAAAGGUCCGAACCUGCGACCACUGCCAGAGACAUGCCCCGAUCAUUAACAUUCCCGCCGAGGAUUUACAUCAGUCAACGGUAAGCUGGCCAUUUAAUCAUUGGGGAAUGGAUAUCCUAGGACCCUUCCCCACAGCCCCAAGACAGGUAAAAUACUUGGUUGUCGCAAUUGAUUACUUUUCUAAAUGGAUUGAGGCUCAACCUCUAGCUAGGAUUACAUCAGUUCAAAUGAUAUCAUUUGUUUGGCAAAAGAUAAUUUGCAGAUUCGGUAUACCUCGUCACAUUAUAACUGAUAACGGUCGCCAGUUUACCGACCAUAAUUUCAAGACCUUUUUACAGAAUUUAAAGAUUAAGCAGCAUUUCUCCUCAGUGGAGCAUCCUCAAUCAAACGGCUUAGCCGAAGCUGCAAACAAGGUCGUCCUCCAGGCUUUAAGGAAGAAGCUCGAUGACGCUAAAGGACUAUGGGCUGAGCUUGUCCCAGAGAUUUUAUGGGGUUAUAAUACCUCACCACACUCAACAACUAAAGAAACACCAUUUCGUCUGGUAUACGGAUCGGAAGCGAUGAUACCAGUUGAAAUAUCACAAAGCUCCUUCAGAGCACAAGCAGAAGAUCACGAACAUGCUCGGCGAGCCGAGCUUGAUUUAGUUGAGGAGGUACGGGACAUAGCGGCUGUUCGUCAUAAAGCCUUACAGCAGCGAGUAGGCCAACGACAUAAUAAAAGGGUGAGACCGAGAUCUUUUCAUGUCGGAGACCUGGUGUUGAGGAAAACUGAGGAAGCACGGAGACCACCUACUCACGGAAAACUUGCAGCGACAUGGGAAGGCCCCUACCGAAUUCAUCAGGUACUCGGCAGAGGAGCAUACCAAUUGGAGCAAUUAGAUGGUACGGUACUACCUAGCACUUGGAAUAUUAAUUCCUUGAAACAAUACUAUAGUUAA